UCUGACGGCAACCGGCGUGAGUAAAUUAAUGGCGGAUAAUAUAUCGUCUGCGCAUUGAAAAUUCAAUCCUUAAUAAUCAAGAAACCAAAAGAGUGUUUUAUAGCGGAUUUUUUCUUUCUUUGCGGACUAUCAAUCUUUCUAAAAGGUUAUAUAAUUUAUCUCUAUCCAGGUAGUUGAAAAUGGCGCAAGUUUGCACUAUAAAUUUUGAUGAGUUUGGACGACCGUUCCUGAUAUUAAAAGACCAAGAAAAGAAAAAUAGAUUAACUGGAAUUGAUGCUAUCAAGAUGCACAUAUAUGCAGGGAAAAGUGUUGCGAAUACUUUACGCACUUCUCUUGGUCCUAAAGGACUAGAUAAACUGCUUGUUUCACCCGAUGGAGAUGUUACUGUCACAAAUGAUGGUGCCACAAUUUUGAAAAUGAUGGAUGUUGAACAUCAAAUUGCAAAAUUGUUUGUCCAGUUAUCUCAAUCACAAGAUGAUGAAAUUGGAGAUGGCACUACUGGAGUUGUUGUACUUGCAGGAGCUUUAUUGGAACAUGCAGAACAGUUAAUAGACAAAGGCAUUCAUCCCAUUCGCAUUGCUGAUGGUUUUGAGAUGGCUGCUCGUUGUGCAAUUGAAUACAUAGACAAAAUUAGUGAUAGUUUUCCUGUGGAUAAAGAUAAUCUAGAACCUUUGAUACAAACUGCAAUGACUACAUUAGGAUCAAAAAUUGUAAACAGAUGCCAGCGUCAGUUUGCUGAAAUUGCUGUGCAGGCAAUUUUAUCUGUAGCUGUUAAAGAUGUCGAUUUUGAACUUAUUAAAGUAGAAGGCAAAGAAGGUGCUCGACUUGAAGACUCCUUGCUUGUGAAGGGUGUAAUUAUAGACAAGUACUUCAGCCAUCCUCAGAUGCCGAAAGAAGUGAAAGAUGCUAAAAUUGCUAUUUUAACCUGUCCCUUUGAACCACCAAAACCAAAAACCAAGCAUAAAUUAGAUGUUACAUCAGUUGAUAGUUAUCAAGAAUUAGUAAAAUAUGAACAAGAUAAAUUUGUGGAAAUAGUUCAAAGGGUUAAAGAUGCAGGAGCUAAUUUAGUAAUAUGCCAAUGGGGAUUUGAUGAUGAAGCGAAUCAUCUGCUGCUCAAAUAUGAUCUUCCUGCAGUUCGUUGGGUUGGUGGACCAGAAAUAGAACUUAUAGCAAUUGCUACUGGUGGAAGAAUUGUUCCUCGUUUUGAAGAAUUAACCCCAGAAAAAUUGGGAAAAGCUGGUAUUGUCAGGGGACUGACUUUUGGAACAACUGAAGAAAAGAUGUUGGUAAUUGAAGGAUGUCAAAAUUCACGUGCUGUAACAAUCUUCAUUAGAGGUGGUAACAAGAUGGUUGUUGAAGAAGCUAAGAGAAGUUUGCAUGAUGCUUUGUGCGUUGUUCGAAAUUUAGUUAAGGAUAACAGAGUUGUAUAUGGUGGUGGAUCUGUUGAAAUAGCUUGUUCUAUAGUUGUUGGGGAACAAGCAGAUAAAAUAUCUUCUAUGGAGCAGUAUGCAUUCCGUGCAUUUGCUGACGCGUUAGAAAGUAUCCCUCUGUCAUUAGCUGAAAACAGUGGUCUGAACCCUAUGCAAGAAGUUACUGCUAUUAAAGCUAGGCAGAUAAAAGAGAAAAAUCCAUGGCUUGGUGUUGACUGCAUGGGUAAAGGAACUUGUGAUAUGAAAGCUCAGAAUGUCAUUGAAACUUUAACAAGCAAGAAGCAGCAGAUCAGUUUAGCCACUCAGCUUGUUAGAAUGAUCCUUAAAAUUGAUGACAUUAGAUCGUCAGAAAGUUCAGACUAUUAAAAUCUUUGCCUUUUUAAUUUUGUAUAUUGCAUAACAGGCCAACUCCAGAAGUGCACUGUAUUAAAAACAUUUGUUGGUGUAUUUAACUCCUGCUUGCUUACUAUCUGGACAGUUCUUUUCAAUGUGUAAAAUUGUUGCCGUUUUGUUCCAGAUAACGGAUUUUGAAAAAUGGCUAUUUCCUUAAUCAUUUUUAUAACACUGUCUAAAAAGAACAGAACCAUAUGUAUGACAUUUUCAUAACUGAACUAAAAUAAAUAAAUAUAUAUAUAUAUAUAUAUAUAUAUAUAUAUAUUUAAAAUUUGAAUUUUAUCA